AUGGCGAAGAGUAUUUUGGUUACCGGCGGUGCCGGCUACAUAGGAAGCCACACGGUGCUGCAACUUUUAUUAGGCGGUUACAACACCGUGGUUGUUGAUAAUCUCGAUAACUCCUCUGAUAUUGCUCUUGAAAGAGUUAAAGAACUCGCCGGUGAUUUCGGCAAAAACCUCGUCUUUCACCAGGUUGAUCUCCGGGACAAACCAGCUAUGGAAAAAAUUUUCGCUGAGACAAAAUUUGAUGCUGUCAUUCACUUUGCUGGGCUAAAAGCAGUUGGUGAGAGUGUGCAGAAACCAUUGCUUUACUUUAACAACAAUCUCAUUGGAACAAUUACUCUGCUAGAAGUUAUGGGUGCCCAUGGAUGCAAGCAGUUGGUGUUUUCGUCUUCAGCUACUGUUUAUGGUUGGCCAAAGGAGGUUCCAUGUACAGAAGAGUUCCCUUUGUCUGCUGCUAACCCAUAUGGAAGAACCAAGCUUUUCAUUGAAGAGAUCUGCCGUGAUAUCUACCAUUCAGAUUCUGAAUGGAAGAUCAUAUUGCUCAGAUACUUUAAUCCAGUUGGUGCACAUUCGAGUGGCUAUAUUGGUGAGGAUCCUCGUGGAAUUCCAAACAAUCUCAUGCCCUAUGUGCAGCAAGUUGCUGUUGGCAGGCGGCCUCAUCUAACAGUUUUUGGAACUGAUUAUUCAACUAAAGAUGGUACUGGGGUACGUGAUUACAUUCAUGUUGUUGAUUUAGCGGAUGGGCACAUUGCUGCGUUGCGUAAGCUCUCUGAUGCUAAGAUAGGUUGUGAAGUGUACAACUUGGGAACUGGAAGAGGUACAUCAGUUCUGGAGAUGGUUGCGGCAUUUGAAAAAGCAUCUGGAAAGAAAAUUCCUCUAGUAAUGGCUGCACGGCGGCCUGGUGAUGCCGAAACUGUGUAUGCAGCAACAGAGAAGGCAGAACGUGAAUUGAAUUGGAAGGCAAAAUAUGGCAUUGAUGAGAUGUGUAGGGAUCAAUGGAAAUGGGCCAGCAAGAACCCUUAUGGCUAUGGAUCUCCUGACGGCACUAACUGA